CUGUCUCCGGGAGACCAGGGGCCGUCCUGCUCCGGGGACAGAGUGGCUGGAGCUGCCCUGCUGACCGUGCCGGGUGGGCACCAUGGCGCAGACAGACGUGCUCCUGACCAAGCAGCCCGCCCCGCAGACGGUGCCGGCAUGCGAGCUGCCCCGCAAGCUGUACGAUGUGGCCCGCAACACGGGCGCCUACACGUCCUCGGGCCUGGCCACCGCCGGCUUCCGCACGGCCAAGUACCUGGUGGACGAGUGGUUCCAGAACUGCUACGCCCGCUACCACCAGGCCUUCGCCGACCGUGACCAGUCGGAGCGGCAGCGCCACGAGAGCCGGCAGCUGGCGGCCGAGACGGAGGCGCUGGCCCAGCGCACGCAGGAGGACUCCACCAAGAAGGUGGGCCAGCGGCUGCAGGACACGCACUGCUGGAAGUCGGAGCUGCAGCGCGAGGUGCACGACCUGGUGGCCGAGACCGACCUGCUGCUGGCGCAGAAGCAGCGGCUGGAGCGCGCCCUGGACGCCACGGCCGUGCCCUUCAGCAUUGCCACUGACAACCUGCAGUGUCGCGAGCGCCGCCAGCACCCCGACCUCGUGCGCGACCACGUGGAGGUGGAGCUGCUGAAGGAGGCCGAGCUCAUCCAGAACAUUCAGGAGCUCCUGAAAAGGACAAUCAUGCAGGCCGUGAACCAGAUCCGGCUGAACCGGGAGCACAAGGAGACGUGCGAGAUGGACUGGUCCGACAAGGUGGAGGCCUACAACAUCGACGACACCUGCGCGCGCUACCACAACCAGAGCACCGACGUGCAGUUCCACCCGCACUGCACCAAGUUCGAGGAGAGUGCCUCCACGCCUGAAACGUGGGCCAAGUUCACCCAGGAAAACCUGUGCCGGGCGGAGCGCGAGCGCCUGGCCUCGGCCAACCUGCGGGGGCUCAUCGACUGCAUCCUGCGGGACACGUCCGAGGACCUGAGGCUGCAGUGUGACGCCGUGAACCUGGCCUUCGGGAACCGCUGCGAGGAGCUGGAGGACGCGCGCCACAAGCUGGAGCACCACCUGCGCAAGACACUGCGAGAGAUCACGGACCAGGAGCACAAUGUCGCAGCGCUGAAGCAGGCCAUCAAGGACAAGGAGGCCCCUCUGAAGGUGGCUCAGACCCGCCUGUACCAGCGCUCCCUCCGGCCCAACGUAGAGCUGUGUCGGGACACCGCCCAGUUCAGGCUGGUGAGCGAGGUGGAACAGCUGAACGCAUCCCUCGCAGCACUGAGGGAGAAGCUUCUGGAAGCGGAGCAGUCGCUGCGCAACCUGGAGGAUACACGCAUGAGCCUGGAGAAGGACAUCGCCGUCAAGACCAACAGCCUCUUCAUCGACCGCCAGAAGUGCAUGACCCACCGCGCCCGCUACCCCACCGUCCUCCAGCUGGCCGGCUACCAGUGACGGGGGCUGGCCCCGUGGUGGGCACCCCCACUCACCCGGCUGGACUCGUCCCCCACCCCUCAAAUAAAGAGCACAUUAGCUUUCUCCUCA